AUGUCUGAAAACGUGCACCCGGCAUUUACUGGCCGCGAGCGCCCUCUGCUGUCGCAUGGCAUCGCUUUUCCGGCCGCCGCUGCCCGCCAUGUCGCCGGCACCUUCGGCGCCUCGCGAGUAUAUGUGAUCUGUUCCGGAUCGCUGGCCCGUAACACCGAUGCUCUAAAGAGGCUGACUGCUGCGCUGGGUCCAGAGAAGGUGGUUGGUCAGCGCAUCGGCAUGCAAUCUCACACGCUGUGGUCGGAGGUGCUGGAAAUCGUGGCCGACGCACGUAAAGUACAGGCAGACUUACUCUUGACGCUGGGAGCAGGCAGCUUAACGGACGCGGCGAAAAUAAUCGCAUUGGCACUGGCCAACAACGUCAGUACGCCCACCGAGCUCGAGACGCUCGCCCAGGGUCCUAACAAACGCGCUGAUAUCAGUGCGCCCAUUGUGCCCAUAAUUUCCGUGCCGACCUCGCUGUCUGCGGGAGAGUAUUCCAAUUUUGCUGGUGGUACCGAAGACCGCUCGCGCCGCAAGUACAGCUUCCAGGCGCCGAUACGUGGGCCCCAGCUCGUCAUCCUCGACCCGGAGUUGGUGGAAUCCACGCCGGACUCCAUCUGGCUCAGCACCGGCGUGCGUGCUGUUGAUCAUUGUGUCGAGACGCUGUGCGCUAUCGUGGGCACGACACCUGUAUCCGAUGAGCUGGCGCAGAACGCCCUGGGUCGUCUAGUGCCUGGUCUGCUGCGGUGCAAGAAGAACCGCAAGGACCGCGAUGCCCAUUUACAGUGCCAACUGGGCUCGGUCGAUGCAAUGGCAGCUUGUACGAGCGGAUCGGUCGAGCUAGGAGCGAGCCACGGGAUAGGCCAUCAGCUUGGUCCGCUGGGUGUCGGCCAUGGGGAAACCAGCUGCAUUCUUCUACCAGCCGUAUGCAAGUACAACGCCGCGCACAACGCCAACCGCGAGCGCCAGGCUCGGGUCCGCGAGUUCCUAAUUCAGGACCCCGUCGUAUCUGAAGUUCUACACCAACGCUCGGUCGACGUCUCCUCCGCCGAUUUGGGCGACAUCCUGGACGCUAUCAUCCGCCAGCUCGGUAUGCCCAGAUCCCUAGCCGACGUGCGCGUAGGCCGCGACCAACUCGACGGGCUGGCGGCGAACAGUCUGCAUGAUCGGUGGUGCCAAUGCAACCCGGUACCCCUGAAGGAGAAGGCACAGGUGCUGGAGAUCUUGGAGAUGGUUGUAGAGUAA